AUGCUAGGAGCAAAGCAAGGCUGGUCACCAGGUUCCCCACUCAGCCCUGGGCCACCCUUGGCCCUGAUACUUCUGGCCCUGGGCGUUGGGUGGGCCCAGGAGGGAGCAGAGCCUGUGUUACUGGAGGGUGAAUGCCUGGUGGUGUGUGAGCCUGGCCGAGCUGCUGCAGGGGGUCCCGGGGGGGCAGCCCUUGGAGAGGCACCCCCAGGACGAGUGGCAUUUGCUGCAGUCCGCAGCCAUCACCAUGAGCCAUCAGGAGAGACUGGGAACGGCACCAGUGGAGCCAUCUACUUUGACCAGGUCCUGGUGAACGAGGGUGGUGGCUUUGAUCGAGCCUCAGGCUCCUUUGUGGCCCCUGUCCGGGGUGUCUACAGCUUCCGCUUCCAUGUGGUGAAGGUGUACAACCGCCAAACUGUCCAGGUAAGCCUGAUGCUGAACACAUGGCCUGUCAUCUCAGCCUUUGCCAACGACCCUGAUGUGACCCGGGAAGCAGCCACCAGCUCUGUGCUGUUGCCCCUGGACCCCGGGGACCGGGUGUCCCUGCGCCUGCGUCGGGGGAACCUGCUGGGAGGCUGGAAAUAUUCAAGCUUCUCUGGCUUCCUCAUCUUCCCACUCUAA